UUACGCCCACUCCCUCGCCUGCAGCCUGGGGAGGCUGCUGCUUCCUCCUUUCUGUUACUGGAAGUUUGAGCGCUGUGGAUGAAGCCAGACAGGAGACCCAUGUGCCUCGCCGAGCUGGGGUAGAACACCUGUGGACAGAGGCCCACCUUUCUGGACCCAAAAGCUAGGAGGAGGAGGAGGGUUGGUACUACGGGGUAUGAUGCUCUGGAUCCCCAUUUUUCACCUACGAUGUGAUAGCUCUUGUGGAUGGCAUAUUUGAAGAUCUUGACACAGCUUCUUCUUUCUGAGAUGGGGAUUUUGGCUCAUUCUCACCGACUCAGAUGAGACCCUGAUGGAUACCCCAGGGGGCAGAUGUUGACACACUCCCCAGCCCCAGCUGCUGACAUCAUUUUCAACCUCAAUAUCUAAAUGCCACAGUGCUCUUGGGGCAAAUUGGGCUGGGGAACGCUGCUGCCUUUUAAGACCACAAAACCAUGGGAAACGCAGAAAGUCAAAAUGUAGAGCAUGAGUUUUAUGGAGAGAAGCAUGCCAGCCUGGGGCGCAAGCACACGUCACGCUCACUGCGCCUCUCGCACAAGACGCGGCGGACAAGGCACGCUUCCUCGGGGAAGGUGAUCCACAGGAACUCUGAAGUGAGCACCCGGUCCAGCAGCACCCCCAGCAUCCCCCAGUCGCUGGCUGAAAAUGGUCUGGAGCCCUUUUCCCAAGAAGGCCCCCUUGACGACUUCGGGAGCCCCAUUUGGGUGGACCGCGUGGAUAUGGGCUUGAGACCCGUGUCUUACACGGACUCUUCCGUCACUCCCAGCGUAGACAGCAGCAUCGUCCUCACAGCAGCCUCUGUGCAAAGCAUGCCAGACUCCGAGGAGAGCAGGCUUUACGGGGAUGACGCUACAUAUUUGGCUGAGGGAGGCAGGAGGCAGCGUCCCUAUACAUCCAAUGGGCCCACGUUCAUGGAGACUGCAAGCUUUAAGAAGAAACGCUCCAAAUCUGCAGACAUCUGGCGGGAGGACAGCCUGGAAUUCUCACUCUCUGAUCUGAGCCAAGAACAUUUAACAAGCAACGAAGAAAUCUUGGGUUCCGCCGAAGAGAAGGACCGCGAGGAGGCUCGGGGGAUGGAAACUCAGGCGAGUCCGCGGCAGCUCAGCGCCUGUCAGCGAGCCAAUUCCCUGGGUGACCUGUAUGCUCAGAAAAACUCUGGGGUGACAGCAAAUGGGGGCCCGAGGAGCAAAUUUGCAGGCUAUUGUCGGAAUUUGGUGUCUGAUAUUCCCGAUCUUGCAAACCAUAAGAUGCCACCAGCUGCUGCUGAAGAGACUCCUCCGUACAGUAAUUAUAACACACUUCCCUGUAGGAAAUCUCACUGUCUUUCCGAAGGUGCCACCAACCCACAAAUUAGCCAUAGCAACAGCAUGCAAGGCAGAAGAGCAAAAACAACUCAGGAUGUUAAUGCAGGCGAGGGCAGUGAGUUUGCAGACAGUGGGAUUGAAGGGGCCACCACCGACACGGACCUCCUGUCCAGGCGAUCCAAUGCCACCAACUGCAGCUACUCGCCCCCCACUGGCCGGGCCUUCGUGGGUAGUGACAGCGGCAGCAGCUCCACCGGGGAUGCAGCUCGCCAGGGUGUAUAUGAGAAUUUCCGGCGGGAGCUGGAGAUGAGCACCACCAACAGCGAGAGCCUGGAGGAGGCAGGCUCGGCGCACAGUGACGAGCAGAGCAGUGGCACACUCAGCUCACCAGGACAGUCAGACAUCCUGCUGACAGCCGCACAGGGCACGGUGCGCAAGGCUGGUGCCCUGGCCGUCAAGAACUUCCUGGUGCACAAGAAGAACAAGAAGGUGGAGUCGGCCACCCGAAGGAAGUGGAAACACUACUGGGUGUCCCUGAAAGGAUGCACACUCUUUUUCUAUGAGAGCGAUGGCAGGUCUGGAAUAGACCACAACAGCAUCCCCAAGCACGCUGUCUGGGUGGAGAACAGCAUUGUGCAGGCCGUGCCCGAGCACCCCAAGAAGGACUUUGUCUUCUGCCUCAGCAACUCCCUGGGUGAUGCCUUUCUCUUUCAGACCACCAGCCAGACAGAGCUUGAGAACUGGAUCACCGCCAUCCACUCCGCAUGUGCAGCUGCUGUCGCAAGACACCACCACAAAGAGGACACGCUCCGACUCCUGAAGUCAGAAAUUAAAAAACUGGAACAGAAGAUUGACAUGGAUGAGAAGAUGAAGAAGAUGGGGGAAAUGCAACUGUCUUCAGUCACCGACUCAAAGAAGAAGAAGACGAUUUUAGAUCAGAUCUUUGUUUGGGAGCAAAAUCUUGAACAGUUCCAAAUGGACCUAUUUCGUUUCCGCUGUUAUUUAGCUAGUCUCCAGGGUGGGGAGCUGCCAAACCCCAAAAGGCUACUUGCUUUUGCAAGCCGGCCAACAAAAGUGGCAAUGGGCCGCCUUGGAAUCUUUUCUGUAUCAUCUUUUCAUGCCCUGGUGGCAGCGCGUACUGGUGAAACGGGAGUGAGAAGACGUACUCAGGCCAUGUCCAGAUCCGCAAGCAAGAGAAGGAGCAGGUUUUCUUCUCUUUGGGGUCUGGACACUACCUCCAAGAAGAAACAGGGACGCCCAAGCAUCAACCAGGUGUUUGGAGAAGGAACUGACGCUGUAAAGAAAUCUUUAGAGGGAAUAUUUGAUGACAUUGUUCCAGAUGGCAAGAGGGAGAAGGAAGUGGUCUUGCCUAGUGUCCACCAGCACAAUCCUGACUGUGACAUUUGGGUCCAUGAGUAUUUCACUCCGUCCUGGUUCUGUUUGCCCAAUAAUCAGCCAGCCCUGACAGUUGUCCGGCCAGGUGACACCGCACGGGACACUCUGGAGCUGAUUUGCAAGACACAUCACCUGGAUCAUUCUGCUCAUUACCUGCGUCUGAAAUUUCUCAUCGAAAACAAAAUGCAGCACUAUGUCCCACCGCCUGAGGAGGACAUUUACGAGCUGCUGUACAAAGAAAUUGAAAUUUGUCCAAAAGUCACUCAGAACAUCCACAUUGAAAAGUCAGAUACAGCUGCUGAUAAUUACGGGUUUUCACUUUCUUCUGUGGAAGAAGAUGGUGUUCGAAGGCUCUAUGUAAAUAGUGUGAAGGAGACUGGAUUAGCGUCCAAGAAGGGCCUGAAAGCAGGAGAUGAGAUUCUUGAGAUCAAUAACCGUGCUGCUGGCACCCUGAGCUCAUCUAUGCUCAAAGAUUUCCUCUCUCAGCCCUCCCUGGGCCUCCUGGUGAGGACCUACCCUGAGCCGGAGGGAGGAGUGGAGCUGCUGGAGAGCCCCCCGCACCGAGUGGACGGCCCUGCGGACCUCGGCGAGAGCCCCCUUGCCUUUCUCACCAGCAGCGCAGGGCACAGCCUCUGCAGUGAGCAGGGCAGUAGUGCUGACACGGCUCCAGAGGACACCGAAGGGCCUGACUUGGAAUCCUCAGAUGAGACUGAUCACAGUAGCAAGAGUACAGAACAGGUGGCCGCAUUUUGCCGCAGUUUGCAUGAGAUGAACCCCUCUGACCCAAGCCCGUCUCCUCAGGACCCCACCGGGCCUCAGCUGGCGACCAUGAGACAACUCUCGGAUGCAGAUAAGCUACGCAAAGUCAUCUGUGAGCUCUUGGAAACCGAGCGCACCUACGUGAAGGACUUAAAUUGUCUCAUGGAAAGAUACCUGAAACCCCUUCAAAAGGAAACUUUUCUCACCCAAGAUGAGCUUGAUGUGCUAUUUGGAAAUCUAACGGAAAUGGUAGAAUUUCAAGUAGAGUUUCUUAAAACUCUGGAAGAUGGAGUGAGACUGGUACCUGAUUUGGAAAAGCUUGAGAAAGUCGACCAAUUUAAGAAAGUGCUGUUCUCCCUGGGGGGAUCCUUUCUGUAUUAUGCUGACCGCUUCAAGCUCUACAGUGCCUUCUGCGCCAGCCACACAAAAGUCCCCAAGGUCCUGGUGAAAGCCAGGACAGACACAGCUUUCAAGGCGUUCUUGGAUGCCCAGAACCCAAAGCAACAGCACUCAUCCACUCUCGAGUCUUACCUCAUCAAGCCCAUCCAGAGGAUCCUCAAGUACCCGCUUCUGCUCAAGGAGCUAUUUGCUCUGACCGAUGCGGAGAGCGAAGAGCACUACCACCUGGAUGUGGCCAUCAAGACCAUGAACAAGGUUGCGAGUCAUAUUAAUGAGAUGCAGAAAAUCCACGAAGAGUUUGGGGCUGUGUUUGACCAACUGAUUGCUGAGCAGACUGGUGAGAAAAAAGAGGUUGCAGAUCUGAGCAUGGGAGACUUGCUGUUGCAUACCACCGUGAUCUGGCUGAAUCCACCAGCAUCACUGGGAAAGUGGAAAAAGGAGCCAGACUUGGCAGCCUUUGUCUUCAAAACUGCUGUGGUCCUUGUGUAUAAAGAUGGUUCCAAGCAGAAGAAGAAACUUGUAGGAUCUCACAGGCUUUCAAUUUACGAGGACUGGGAUCCCUUCCGGUUCCGACACAUGAUCCCUACCGAAGCUCUUCAGGUCCGCGCUUUGGCAAGUGCAGAUGCAGAGGCAAGUGCCGUGUGUGAAAUUGUCCAUGUAAAAUCGGAGUCUGAAGGGAGGCCAGAGAGGGUCUUCCACCUGUGCUGCAGCUCCCCAGAGAGCCGGAAGGAUUUCCUGAAAGCUGUGCAUUCGAUCCUGCGUGAUAAGCACAGAAGACAGCUCCUCAAAACCGAAAGCCUUCCCUCAUCCCAGCAGUAUGUCCCUUUUGGAGGAAAAAGAUUAUGUGCGCUGAAAGGGGCCAGGCCAGCCAUGAGCAGGGCAGUGUCUGCCCCAAGCAAGUCUCUUGGGAGGAGGAGGCGGCGACUGGCCCGAAACAGGUUUACCAUUGAUUCCGAUGCCGUCUCCGCAAGCAGCCCGGAGAAAGAGUCCCAGCAGCCCCCCGGUGGCGGGGACACUGACCGAUGGGUAGAGGAACAGUUUGAUCUUGCUCAAUAUGAGGAGCAAGAUGACAUCAAGGAGACGGACAUCCUCAGUGACGAUGAUGAGUUCUGUGAGUCCGUGAAGGGCGCCUCAGUGGACAGAGACCUGCAGGAGCAGCUUCAGGCUGCCUCCAUCAGUCAGCGAGAAAGAGGCCGGAAAACCCUGGAUAGUCACGCUUCCCGCAUGACGCAGCUCAAGAAGCAAGCUGCCCUGUCAGGCGUCAAUGCAGGCCUGGAGAGCUCAAGCGAGGAAGUCAUUUGGGUUAGGCGUGAAGACUUUGCCCCCUCCAGGAAACUGAACACUGAGAUCUGACUGUGCCACUUCCCCGUAGAGAAUGUGUGUAGAUACUUCUUCCCCUGCCCUCACUGUGCCCCCCUUGUGCCGUCGACGAGAAUGUUCCCUUAGGCCGCACUCUUGCACACACGGUUUUGGCAGCUGACUUGGUUCUGAAGCCAUGUAGCCACCCAACUUCAUCAUCUGGAACAACAACUUUGAAAGAAUUAUUCAGAAUCCCAAAUAAGCUCGAGUCCUAUCUCCUGUACAUUACUAAGGGCUUUUAUUUAUUCUCAGUUCAUCAGGGCCUAAAGAAUGAAAAGAAGAAUGAUUUGUAGCACUAGAAGGCAAAUCACCCCCAGGAGUGUAAGCAUGUAGACAGAUUAAUUUAAGAGAUAGCACACACACAAACAUAGUUACGGUUGCUCUACCUGAAAUCAGUCUCCUAGUUGCGGAAACCACUUUCAAGUACAAAAUGAAACAAGACGAAACAUGUACAGCUUGCAGUGUCCUAAUUCCUUUCCCUCUUCAACGUCUGAGAAUAUUUGUGUAUUUUAAGAAUGUGUGAGGAGAGGGUGGCGAUUUAUGUUUUGAUGAGCUUUUUGGUUUUUUUCUUUCCGUUUUGGUCUAUGGCUGGUCUUACUCUAUGUCAGUGUUCGGAAGCUCUAGUUUUGCAUAGAAUUAUAAAAAGAUGCCAAACUCUGAAGAGAGAUCCAAAUUUAUCACUUGAUAGAAAAAAGAAGACACUAUUUUUUGUAUUUUACCUGAAAUGCAGAGGCACAAAUAGAUGAGAAUUUUACAGUGUUAGUGUAACUCUGAGUCUAAAAAAGGAGGAUAUAAAAAAUAAGGAUAUAACCUUUUACAGAGAGAGUGCGGCAUGGUGACUUUAUAUUUAUAUAUGAAAGGCCAACAGGAAACUCAGACUUAGGAUACACUUUUUUUUUUUUUUUCCUAAGGAGCAGGUUUUUUUGGUUAAUGUUUGAAUCUAUAUUUGAAAUGGGAGUUUGGUUGGAUUAAACAUGACACCCGAGUGGGCAGUGCGUGUUUGUUGCACAUGGCGGGGGAGGGGAGCCUCUUUCUCAUGGGGUUGCCAUGGUGAUCAUUGGUUUUCCCAUCAAAAUUGCAUCUUCAUCCCUAGAUUACCUAGGCCUUCCCUAAGGGUCCAUAACCAAAC